AUGAACGAUCCUAGAUACAAUGAUUAUCCUCCUAUGAACGGAUUUGGAUAUAACCAUAAUAAUACGAGUAAUCAAAAUGGAUUUUAUACAAAUACUUAUAACAAAGAGCUUCCAAAUCUAGCAAUGCAACAACAUAAUAUGCAUGGAAGAAAUAAUUUGAUGUUUGAAGAUGGUAACAUACCAUAUGGGCUUUAUGACCAGUCAAAUUAUACCGGAACAAAUUCAGUUAUGUGUGGAAAUGGUGUUUCAAAUGACCCCAAAAUGAUGUAUAGAAGAAAUGAAAUGAAUAGUCCACCUUACUAUCAAAACUAUCCCAUGAAUAAUGGUAUGAGAUAUAAUGAGCCUAUUAUGCCUUCAAUGCAAUAUAACCCAAAUAUGAGAAAGAACAUGAUGAGAAAUGAAUACUCACAUGAAUGUAAUUACAUGAACAAUCGAUCUAAUUAUCCAGGAGCUAAGAAUAAUAUGGAUAAUACCAGUGAAAAAAGUUAUAAAAAAGAUAACUGUAGAAAAAAUAUAUCAAAAAUUAAAAAAGGAGAUAUAGAUAUUAAUAUCGAAACUUCUUCUUCCAGUAAAAAGGGAGUUAUAAUUGACUUAAAUAUUGGUGUAGGGAAUUAA